AUGUACGCCAUCCAGCCUUGCGCAAAAGCGAGCUCACAAUCCGAGAAGAAUGACUCGGCUCUGCAAUGUGUGCCAAAUAUCAUUCCAUGCCGGAUUCACCACGAUGGGCCAGUUGAUUCACUGGAUCGGUAUUGGACAGUGCAAGACGAAAAAGAUAAUACACAAACGACAUAUUUCCGCGGACGCAAACUUCGAGGUCGGCGCGUCGCCCUUCCUGAUGGCUAUCAAGGUGUAGUCGCAACACACACAGACCGUGUGUUACCUGCAGCUCAACCGGCAGACAAUGACGGCGCUGAGGAUGCAGAGGCUGAACCCGAGGAACCAGUGAAGAUUAUGGAGAUUCAGAGGACCUUUGAUGAGUUUGUAGUAUGGGGACAUGAGGCUAUUCCUGCGGCAGAUGACACUUUUGUCAAGGGAGUGGAGGAGUGGCUGCAGUUUGCGGACGCGAUGCAUACAACCCUAACAUCAGGGAAGACUGGAAAGGAGUCUGCUACUGCCUGA